ACUAUAAUAUCUAUAGUUUAGCGGUGAAAAAUUUUUUUUUAAUUCAGUUAGCGUCGGAAGAAAUUGGAACGAAAUAUUUUACGUUCUGCGCGUUCAUCGUGGCACAACUGGUUCACGUACUUUUCUUGACAAUGAUGGGACAGUUCAUAAUCGAUUCCAAUGAAGAGGCUUUUCGUGAAAUAUACGAAGCAUACUGGUACAAUGCUCCAGCCAACACGCAAGCAUUGUACAUACUAGUACUGAGAAAAUGUUUGAAACCGCCCCAACUAACGGGGGGUGGAAUGAUACCGUUAAAUUUGGACUCUUUCGUACAAAUAUUGAAAGCGUCAUUGUCGUACUAUACAGUGUUGAAGAGCUCAUCAAUUCAGGAGGAGGAUCGAAGUACGUCCUGAUUACUAAUUUCUUUUCAUGCAAAUUUUGUUUGUAUUCAACAUUUUGUAUCUAAUUAUACACAUAUAAUAUAAUUAUAUUA